UAUGUUUACAUUUCAAUGUCCAUACUCUGUUUCUGUUUUAUCCUUCCACCACUUCAGUGGGUUUUUUCACUGUGCUUCAUCGAGCGUUACCACAGAUACAUACAUUCUUCUCAGUCUCACUGGUUGACAACAGAGGAAAGGACCCAAGUUUUACUUGACAUCAAAGCUUCAGGAUGGUCUGAGCUGGGUGAAAGAGAUGCCAUCUACAAAGAGUUCAAUUUCAAAACUUUUAAUCAGGCUUUUGGAUUUAUGACACGAGUUGCUCUGCAAGCAGAAAAGAUGAAUCAUCAUCCCGAGUGGUUCAAUGUGUACAACAAGGUUCAGAUAACUCUUAUUUCCCAUGAUUGUGGAGGACUGACCAAAAGAGAUGUGAAGCUGGCUCAGUUUAUUGACAAGGCUGCUGCUUCUGUGUAGUAACUGAAUGUUGAAAAUAGCAUGGCCUUCAGACUGCUUUAUAUUUGAAUUUUAUCAUUAAUUCAGUGAAAUGUCCCACAUUCUAAGUUGCUGCUGGACCUUGUAUUAUAAAAUGAUUUGUAAUAAGACUAGUUUAGCAGCAGCAGCAGCAUUAAAAAAAAAAAAAA